AUGGAACCUGUGAGGAAGGCCAUUGUGGGUGUUUUCCUUCUUAUCUUGCUUAUGGCCUCUUCUAGCGAGGUUUCAUGUACUGAGAAUAAUUGUUACAAGGAGAUUUGGGAAAGUUGCAUGGGUAGGGAGAACGAAGAUUGCCGACAUGCAUGCAUCAAGGAGGGAUGGGAUGACGGCCAAUGCCGCAACCGCGAGAAAGACAAAAAUAUUCUAGGAUUUCUAACGACUGCCAAAUGCGAGUGCUACCCCCCAACAUGCGACCAUUAA